UAUAUAGAAAUUCAAAUUAUAGGCCCAAAACUAUACUUCAUUACAAUUUUUUUUCAAAAACAAAAUAAUAAUUUAAGGCGUCGGAUACUUAUAUUUACAGAAGUCGUGCUUGCAUUUUUGAAUAUUCGAUGGACCCGUUUCAAUCUUCAAAUUAUUAAAUACUGUAUAUAGUUGGAUUUUAAGGGGUGAAAUUAUCAUGGGAAAACUAACCUACAAAGUUCAAAGACUUGAUUGUCUUGGGAUAACUAUUCAAACUUUCAUGUUUUUUUUUUGAAUGAACAAACUUUCAUGUUUUCACAGAAGUAAUUUUGCAAGGAAGAAAAAACAUCCAUGGAGGAGAUGGUCGAAGAAAACUAAGCAUUAUGUUUCGAGUUUUUUUCUUUUAAUAUAUACAUACCGUUUAAAAUAUUUUUGCAUAUACAAAUCGACCAUUGUGGUUUUUGGCUAAUGAAAAUGUAAUUUGUUAAAAGUAAUUAACAUGUUUUUAUUCUUUUAUACUUUAUAAGUAUGUAAAUCUUCAUGUUGCUUUAACUUAUAUAUAUGGUAAGUUCGUGAAUUAUAUCUGAACAUGUCAGAAAACAUUGCAAACUGCAAACACUACACAUUUGUCUAUAGCUUUGACUUUAUAAUUUCAAACAUUAAUUUGAUGUUGGAUCUCGAACAUUUUUUUUUUCAACACAAGGAUCUCGAACUUGAACAUCCAUAUAUUCCAUACAUUCACUAAUAAUAUUCAAAGAGAACAGAUCUUGAAAACAAAAUGUUUGGCAAAACAGAAGCCAAAACUUUCAAAGUUACAAUUAAAGGUGGAGAUCUCUUCGUCAAAAGACAAUCCAUGAGCUUUGAAAGAUACGUGAACCCAAAUUGCUUAACAAAAUAAUUCACACAAAAAUAAAAGUUCAAUUUUAGUAUUCAAUUUUUCAAUGUAUGCCGACUCAAGUCUAGUUAGGUUUUUUUCUUUUUGAAACACAGUUAGGUUCCUAGUUUUAAACAUGGUAAUAAUAAUAAUAAUCCUGAGAGUGAAAGGAGUCUCCUUUUUGUCUCUAUCUGUCUCCAAAUUUGAGUUUUUAUCGAGAGUAACACACACGUCUCCUCCCUUUACUUCGGCGAUUUGCUACCUCCCCUCUCUCUCUCUCUCCUUCCUCACUCUCCGGCUUUAUCAAAUUCUCUUUCCUCGGAGACACCGGAUCCGAUCGACCAGACUCUUAAACUUAUAACCCAUCAUGAGGAUUCUUCUGCAGUUUCUCCAUCUUUAAACUGAUUCACAGCUCUCUCCAGCUUUACGCAGUUUGGCCACCAAGUGUUCGUUGAAAUUCCUCAGAGAGAGAGAUGAAGGAUUUUCCUUCUUGCUUCGGUGAAAACGGCGUUCAAGUCGCGGACUCGUCGUCUUCAAACUCCGGCAAAAACGCUCAGAAUCUCGUCGCUUGCAUCUACCAGUGCCGUAUCCGAGGAAGGAGCUGCUUGAUCACUGUGACAUGGGCCAAGAGUCUGAUGGGCCAGAGCGUUACCGUUGGUGUUGAUGACUCUUGUAACAACCAGAGUCUCUGUAAAGUCGAGAUUAAGCCCUGGCUGUUCACCAAACGCAAAGGGUCCAAAAGCCUAGAGGCGUAUUCUUGUAAGAUCGAUGUUUUUUGGGAUCUAUCGUCUGCGAAGUUCGGAUCAGGGCCUGAAGCUUUGGGAGGGUUCUAUGUAAGUGUUGUUGUGGACAAAGAGAUGGUUCUGCUUCUUGGCGAUAUGAGAAAAGAAGCUUUCAAGAAGACAAACGCUUCACCUUCGUCGUCUCUAGGUGCGGUGUUCGUCGCCAAGAAAGAGCAUGUCUUUGGUAAGAGAGCGUUUGCUACAAAAGCUGAGCUUUGCGCUGAUGGGAAAAUCCAUGAUGUUGUGAUUGAGUGUGACACGAGUGUGACUGAUCCUUGUCUCGUUGUUCGUGUGGAUGGGAAGACGUUGUUGCAGGUGAAGCGGCUUAAGUGGAAGUUUCGUGGCAACGAUACGAUAGUUGUGAAUAGAAUGGCUGUGGAGGUUCUGUGGGAUGUUCAUAGUUGGCUCUUUGGGAUGCCUUCGGCGGGAAACGCAGUGUUUAUGUUCAGGACUUGUCAAUCUUCUUCGGAGAAGAGCUUGUCUUUCUCACAGGAUGUCAUGGCAACAACAACAAACUCCAAGUCUCAAAGUUUUGGUUUUUCUUUGAUUCUGUAUGCUUGGAAGAACGAGUAGAGAAAGAGAGUUUUUUACUGGGUACUAACAAAAAAACCUUUAAAGCGUCUGUUGAUUCCUUAUCGACAUUUGUUAUUUAUAGCAUGAUUAAUGAGUUGAUUUGUGCAAAAUAUAAUAUUCAUUACACAAUGCUGGAACCUGAUCAGUCUUGAAGAAUGCCAUCUCUGUAUACAUUAGUUACUUAUGUCCUAUAGAAUCUGUUAUGCCUUGCAGUC